AGCUGGAUCGCCAUCAGCGGUACCUCAUACCUUUCAAAGCGCUACUUUCACAAUCGAGAGCAAUCUGAUCGUCGUACUGCUAGCUCGAGCCCUAUCAGGGCGCAGAACCUUCCGAUGGAAUGCCAUAUGCCUCUCCCGUGUCUUCGGUUGCAGUAGUCGCGCGAGCUUUGAUCUCUAGCACACGUUUCCAAGUGCUGCCGUUGCCACUUCCUCGUUUCCGCCGCCUUGCUAUUGCGACUUACAUGUCCUAAGAAUUCGAUUACAGGCGGCCAGCACUUGCCCCUCCGUCCAGUAGUCAGCUCGACCAACGCCAGCUCUUGUAUCCACUAUCCCUGUUCCCUUCGUAACAGACCGCAAAUAGCGACUCAGACGCUGCAUAUUGCGCCACACCGUUCUAUAGUGGCCAUUUCCGGUUCCUACCCCGUGAGUGGCCAUGGCUUCAUCUAGAGCAUUCUCCCUUUACUCCUCAAUUCCCUCAGCCGACGCCAACCAUUCGUCUAGAAUCCACCCACUCACCGACGACCCACCGUCAGCGAGUAAGCAGAAGCGUUUUGACACAUGUUUCGGCGGGCCGCCGGACACCCCUCCCGAUGGCCCCCCUUCCGCCAGCAAGCAGAAGCACCCGCCGCGCCGCAGGAGCAUCUUGCGCCGCAUGGGCGCGGCCGUGGACUUCGGGAUUAACUACGUCUUUAGCGGGCUGGCGCGGGUGGUCGCGACGCAUCCGAUAGCCGUACUGGCGCUGAUGAUCGGGCUGGGCGUGCUGAUGGCGUGCGGAGUGUUUAAGAUGACCGUUGAGACCAAUAUAGAGGAGCUCUACACGCCCCAGGGCAACAUCGCCUUCCAGAACCGGGACUACGUGGAUUCGCUGUACGGCUACGAGGCGCUCGACGUGAAGGUCUUCGUUGUGUCCAAGGGCAACACCAACCGCACGCUGCUCACCAAACCCGCGCUGCUCGCGCUGCUCGACGUCUACGAGCUUAUAACGAGCGUGAAUGCGACGUACAAUGGGUCGACGUUCAACUACGCGGAUCCGCGCAUCUGCUACCGCCCGGGCGGGCAGAACACGCCGUGCCAGGUGGUCAGCGUGCUGGACUACUGGGGCUACUCGCGCGCAGCGAUUCAGCGGGAUAAAGACAUCAUGACGACCCUCAACAACCCCUUCGUGCUGACGCGGUACGGGCAGCCGGUGCCGCAGGACUGGGUGGUGGGCGUGCAGACGAAGGACCCGGAGACGGGCGAGAUCGCGGAGGCGAAGGCUUUUCUGCUGACCAUGUUCGUGCAGAACAACAAGGGGUGCUCGGGCAGCAGCUGCAAGGACUACUACGUCGACGAGUGGCAGAAGGCCAUCGACGCUCCCGUCAGAGCGUUCUCGAGCGACGAGAUCGACGUGUACUUACUCUCCUACUGGGGCCAGCAGGCGGCGAGCGACAGCGCGAUAACCGCGGACGUGAACCUCUACUUCGCGUCGGCGUUUCUCCUCCUCGCGUACAGCCUGCUCAUCCUCUUCCGCCGCCACCCCGUGCACUCGCACUGCUACCUGGCGCUCGUCAACAUGGCGUCCAUCACGCUCGCCGUGCUGGGAUCGUACGGCGUGUGCAGCCUGUGCGGGCUCAAGUUCAGCCUCGUCACGCAGUCGCUCGCGCUGCUGCUGCUGGGGCUGGGGACAGACGACAUGCUCGUCACCAUGGCGGCGCAUGACGAGACCGCGCGGGACUUCCCGAACGCGUCCGUCGUGGACCGGAUCGUCGCGACGGUCUCGCGCGCGCGGCGCGGCGUGAUCGUCGCAGCGCUCACCAACUUCGUCGCCUUCUGCACCGGCAUAAUCUCCGAGCUUCCCGCGCUGCGCGAUUUCAUGAUCUACGCCGCCGUCGGCGUCGUGCUGGUCUUCGUCUACCAGUCCACGCUCUACGUCGCAGUGCUCACCCUAGAUCUUAGGCGGCAGCGCGCGAACCGCCUCGACACGCUCUGCUGCGUCGUCAGCGCCGCCGGGCCCACCGACGGCUGCUGCGGGCGGCCGUACGAUCGGAACAAGCCCGGGGUGGAUCAGACGGUCAUCGGGCACUGGCUGCCGGCGGUAAUACUCCAUCCCGUUGGAAAGGUCCUCGUCGUUUUAUCGACGUUAGGGCUACUUGCCGUGGGAAUCUACGGCGCGUGUAACGUUACGCAAAAUUUUAACAUUGACUGGAUGGUCCCCGACGGCUCGUACGUGCGCGACGUGUACCGGAUCCGAUCGCAGACGUUCCCGCUCGCGUCCGGGCAGGGCGCGCUACCCGUGUACGUGUACACGACGAACCCGACGGCAAACUUCACGACGGUUACCAACACGUCGUCGGGCUCAUCGCGACCCGAGGCGUGGGUCGUGCCCGCAGCAGCGGGAGACGCGGCGAGCGCGCCGAUGGACUAUUUUAAGAUGCAGGACGAGCUGGCGGCGCUGGGCGUGCGGCUGCAGGAGGACCCGUACGUGUCGUUCUCGCCGCCCGUGCAGUCGUGGUUCGCCAACUACCUCAUCUGGCUCUCCGCCUCGCCGCACGCGCCGCUUCUCGACGCCAACGGACGUCCGCCCACGUCGGAGCUGUUCUACGAGUGGCUACAUGAGUUCCUGGGGUCGGUGGGGCGGCGGUUCCGCCUGGACGUGGUGUUCGACCAGGGCAACUCCAGCGUCAUCCUCUCCUCACGCAUGUUCGCCAUGACACGCGGCCUCAACAACAGCGGCCAGCAGGUCGAUGCCAUGAACUCGAUUCGCGCCUCCGCAUCCUCAGCAGCGCCCACUCUGCAGGCUUUCGCGUACACGUUCCCCUUCAUCUUCGUGGAGGGCUACGCCGUCAUCCAGCCCGACACCGUCCUCGCCAUCGCCAUCGCAGGCGGGGUGGUGUUCGCCAUCAUGCUGCUGCUGCUCGCCGACCUCACCUGCAGCGUGCUCGUGGCGGUGAUGGUGGCGGCCAUUGGGAUUGAGCUGGUUGGGUUCCUGUACUGGUUUGGACUCGCGUUUAAUUCGGUGACGUCGAUCACGCUGCUGCUGGCCAUCGGGAUUGCGGUGGACUACUCAGCUUUCACUGCCUUCUCGUUCCUCUCCCAGGUGGGCACGCGGCAGGAGCGGGCACGGCGGGCGCUGAACCACCUGGGCGUGGCGGUGUUCAACGGGGGCUUCUUCAUGUUCCUCUCCAUCCUCCCGCUCGCCCUCGCCAAGUCCUUCGUCUUCCAAACCUUCUUCAAGAUGUUUUCGAUGAUUGUGGUGCUUGGUCUGUGGCAUGGGCUGUGCACACUACCCGUGGUGCUAUCCCUCAUUGGCCCACCGCCGUUUGAAACGUCCGAGGAGGCGCACCAACUUCGGCAAGGCACAGCGUCGGCCCGAGUGGCUGAUGCCGUAAUGCCUGAUGAGCUGCCAGGUGCUUGUUCAGGGAGUGCUUGUAGCGACAUGGUGACUCCAGUGAAGCAAACUGUGUGUGCCACAAUGCCCUCAGCUCCUGCUGUUGUCAUGAUGACAACGUUGUAACAAGAUGAAGCUGCGGUGCUAGUGGUGCGAGUAAUAAAAUUGGUCAUUGUUGGACAUCUAGAAAGCCCUAGGCUUUCUACUCAAUUUGCUGACUCUUAACAUGCUAUGGAGUGUCCGUUGGUUAGGGCUUGUGUGCCAAAUUGGAGCUUGUCACAGUAGUUGAUUGAGCUUCUCACUCCAUAAGUAAUUUCAUUUAUAUAGUGAAA